UUGGUUCUUGACAUGGAGAAUUGGUAGAAACAAACUGCCGCAAUAUUUGUUAAUUAUAGAUAGGCGUAAUUUCACACGGAAAGGGUUGCCUUGAGAACCGUCAGUAUCCAAACAUAAAAAGAAAUGUUGUUCACAGUAGUCUGUGUUCUCCGACGUCCGCGCGUUUGACUGUCAGUGGCAGGUGUCUUCUCUGACGUCCGCAGGAAUUUGCUCGGAGUCGCCCUGCCAUUUAAGAGACAGGUACUCCACGACGGCUAAUCAGGUCGGAUAAAACUGACAUACCCGUGCUCCAGCUUAUUGAUUUCCACUCAGGCCUCGAGCUGGAAACAGUGUAACAAAUGCAAUACAUCUUCGGUUGUUACAUUAUCUGACCACAUUAGCCAAUCAAGGGCUUUGUUUUAUUAAUAGACAGGUGAGGAACGUGAAACGUCUAAGAGCUUAAACCAGCCUCAAAUGACUGAUGACAUUGUGAAAUUGGCUGCUUUGCGACAGCAGAGGCGACCGAAAACCGGACGUUCAGGGGACACAACUCUUUUCAAGAACAAAAAAUCAACAUCAGCUGAAGAAUCGGCGGAAACAAACGAUCAACAGGAUGCGACUGUGCUUUUGCUGGAACCCCCCAAGUCACGUGCCACACGGCGACGUCUUAGCGGCGAAUCGGACUUCGAUGACGUUUAUGGCUCCAACGAAAACAAAUGUCCACUUCCGUUUGUCAGCUGUAAGGUUUCCGACAUCGAAGUGAAAGCACUUAUCAGUACAUCGUCCAAACAGUCCCUCAUCAGUAGAGAGAUGUAUAGCAAGACGAGAAGCACGAGUUCCGAAAGCCGUCGGCAAAUACUUCGAUCUGUCCUGACACUCGGAACCAAACAACUGGCGAUCAACUUGGAGGUGCAAGAUGAAAUACCGGAUAUCGUGCUGGGCAUCGACUUUCUCUCACAGUUCAAGUGCGAGAUGAACUUCAGGGACAGCGUACUGAUCAUGGGACGGGACGAUGACGUCAAGCUUCCGUUUCUACCGGAAACGGAAAUACCACUGAAGUUUAGAGUGCACCGAAACGUGGCGGCAUCGUUUUGACGUGUUCUGUUUCCACACAAAAGUUAUGCAAUUGUGAACUGGUGUCGGUGCUUGCUGUUUAUAUGUUAAAGCCUUAAUAAAUUGUUGUUUAUUGUU